UUUCAUCAAAAUUUGCGAUGCGAUAUUAUCGCCGAUCGCCGAUUGCUGAUCUUUUACCUGCGAUUGCGAUAUUUUUUAAAAAGCGUUUCAUCAAACAUAUCGCAGAUUCUUGCCGGUAGUUUGCCGGUAGUUUAGUGCUAUGAGCGAUAAUCGCUCACAGUCUACUAUCAAAAUGACGUAAAAAACGGGCACCUGCUGAAUCUCGCGCCACCUGUCAUAUUUGACAGACGAUCAAACAACAACAAUGGCAGAUCUCGUAGAGAAUAGGAGCGCCUCUUGGCAGCCAAGAGAACUCGAGGAACUGCUCGAGGGCGUCCAACAAAAUUAUGAAGUGUUGUGGGGCAAAUUGUCCGGCACAUUAUCAAAGAAAGACAAAGACCGUGCAUGGUCGGACAUCGUCCAAUCAAUAAAUUCCGUAGGGGGGAACGAGAGGAACGUAGAAGAUUCAAUGAAAAAGUGGUGUGAUUGGAAGAGCCGGACCAUUAUGAAGGAUGCCAAGAGAAGACGCUUUGUGGAAAGCUCUGGGGAGGCAGCUCUUCCAAAAAAAAUGCAAUUAACUGUUUUGGAGGAUAAGCUAUUGUCCUUAGUGCCCAAAACAAAGCUGUUCGGAGUGCAAGGUGGAGGGAUCGAUACCGGUCCACUCAAGAGAUCCAUGCAAGAAAAUGAUAACCUAGACAAAGGAGAGGAAAAUAAACGCCUCAAGCAGAACGUUCCAAGUGAGCCUGUUCCCAUUCAAACAAGCUCCAAAAGCACUGCCAGCAUUCCUACCAGCAACAGCAACAGGAAGACAAGUAUGAAGGAUUGUGAUUGUCAUCAGGAAAUGAUUGACAUAUCUCGGCAAAUGCUAGAGGAGAGUGUAAAGCGGAAUGAAAUACUGCGGGACAUAAGUUCAACACUAAAAUUAACAGCUGGCAAAGCUUUCCUGGACAACUUGUUGGAUCCCACAAAUUUUUAAAAGCGGGGGCCAUAG